AGGCCGUUGGGGGGUGCUGCCCUGAGAGGUGCGGCCUCCAUCUGAGGCAUCUUCACAGGUCUCUUCAGUUUGCAGAAUCCACGCAGGUGGGACCAAGAGGUCCACACUCGGUUCCCGGGGCUGCCUGUCAGGUGCCUGCCCUGCCCGCUCUGCUGCCAGCCCUCUGCCGCCUGCAGUGGUCAUGCCUCGGGGACAGAAGAGCAAGCUCCGAGCUCGCAAGAAGCGCCUGCAGACUCACACUGUUACCCAGGGUGCCAAGGCUGCCCAGGCCGUUGGGGAAGAGGAAAGAGAGAAUCUCUCUCCCUCUGUUCCUUCCUCUCCUGUUGGGGUGGGUGUUCCCCCAAACUCCCCUGCAUCGUGUAUUUCCCAGUGUGUACUUGGAGGUCAACCCUCUAGCUCUCUUGAUGCAGGUGUUUCUGAUGCAUGUUCUCAUGUAGGUGUUGAAAGUGGGGCAAAGGCAAGCCUUUCCAAGGAGGCACCUUCUGCUCGGAUAUCUAUCAGAGAUCCUCUGUCCAGGAAGACCCAUCAGUUGGUGCAGUUCCUCCUGGAGAAAUAUAAUAACCAAGAGCCCAUCAUGCAGGCAAACAUGCUGAAGGUUGUCACCAGAAAGUAUAAGGCACACUUUCCUGAGAUCCUCAGGAAAACCUCUGAGCGUCUUGAGCUGGUGUUUGGGCUUGACUUGAAGGAAGUCAAUCCCAGUAGUCACAUGUAUGUCCUUGUCAGCAAGCUAGGCCUCUCCACUGAGAGUAGUCUGCAUGGUAACCAGGGCUUGCCCAAGACAGGUCUCCUGAUGACACUCCUGGGCGUGAUCUUUAUGAAUGGCAACCGUGCCACUGAGGCGGAGAUGUGGGAGUUCCUGAAUGCUCUGGGGAUCUAUGCUGGGAGGAGGCACUUAAUCUUUGGGGAACCCGAGAAGCUCAUCACCAAAUUGGUGCAGGAAAAUUACCUGGAGUACCGUCAGGUGCCCAAUAGCAACCCUCCAUCCUAUGAAUUUCUGUGGGGUACCAGAGCACAUGCUGAAACUACCAAGAUGAAAGUCCUGGAAGUUUUGGCCAAGAUCAAUGACACUGUCCCUCGCUGCUACCCUGAUCUCUAUGAGGAGGCUUUAAGAGAUGAGCAAGAGAAGGCAGGACUGCAAGCUGCAGGCAGGGCCUCCACGGUUGCCAGGUCCAGGGUGGGUUCUAAGGCCAAGUCCCGCAGGUCCUCCCACACCUAAUGAGGUCUGAGCAGUAUUUUUCACUUUGGUUGAAAAGGGUAGUCAUGCUCUGUGGUACAAAAUAGCAGAAACAGGAGGAGACAAAAUAGAUAUUUAAUCUUUUACUGUGUUACAUUAGUAACUUGUUAUAUUUGUUUUCUGUGUUAUUUUAUAAAUAUUCCUUUUAAUUGAAAACUUACAUUGUAUCACAGUCUUUGUUUCUUAAUCUCAUGAAUCACAAAUUUAUUUCUGUUUUUCAUGUUCAAUACUUGAAUUUUGUUAUGUCUGGACAAAUUUAUAAACCUUGAGUAUGUUCCUUUUACUACAGAAUAAGUUAAUUUGGUAGUGUGAUAGGAAUGUUCAUGGAAAUGUAAAAGAACUACACAGUGAAAUGAUAAUGUUGACA